UUCUCCUCACCUCGACCGCGACCCAUCCCUUGUCUGGUGCCUGACUGUCGCCUUUGUCUCCAACUCUUUGUUGACGCAUCACCCGGGACAUCAAAGAGACGGCACGACUUCGAUUUCGGGAGGCCAUUUAUAUCCCCUAGUCCCCGAGUUGAACGGCUGGGCAUUGGCGCCAAUACAUAUUCCGACGAUACUGUACCAGUAGCAACUCGAACCACUUCGAUCACUCUCAUUCCCCAAACCUCAAGAUGAUUAUUCCAUCGUUGAAGGCCCUCUUAAUGGCCUUGGCCACCCCCUUGGCCAACCAGGGCGUAACGACCGACAACUUCGGCAAUGGCGGCAAGGCCGUUGCUGCCCUCAGCAACGGGGUUGCGCUUCGCAUCAUGCCCCUUGGUGCCUCCAUCACAUACGGCCAGGCAUCGACCGACGGCAACGGGUACCGUGACGCACUUCGCAACGCCAUCGUCAAGCUCGGCAACCCAGUGAACAUGGUUGGUUCGCGUCAGCACGGCAGCAUGCAGGACAACGAUGUCGAGGGAUGGCCGGGCUACAGGAUCCACGAGGUCCACGCGAAAGCCCGCACCGCCGUGCCCGCGUACAAGCCCAACGUGGUCCUCAUCAACGCCGGCACCAACGACGCAACAGGGAACCUCAACAUUUCGACAGCGGGCGACAGGAUGGGCGCCAUGAUCGACGAAGUCUUUGCCGCCAGUCCGCGCGCCGUGGUUAUCCUCAGCACGCUCAUCAUUAACAUGAAACCGGCCAAUGAGGAGCGCGUGGUGAUCAUCAACGACCAGUUCAGGGGGUUGGCGCAGCGGAUGAGGGACGCGGGCAAGCGGGUGGUCCUGGUGGACAUGCACGACUCGACCAAGGGCCCGAUCCCCGCCGACAUGUUCGAUAUCACCCACCCUACCGAUGUCGGGUAUCGCAAGAUGGCCAACAUCUGGUACCAGGGCAUCGUGGAGGCCAGCAACCUCAAGUGGCUUCAGGCGCCAGAGCCUGUCAGCGGAGUGCCGGAUAGCGGGGUGGCUAUUGGGAAGCGGGUGGAGGUGUUUGAGGCGUGACACCCUCACCGUGGGGGAAAGGAAAAGGAAAUAAAAAGGAAGAAAACCAAGAUUUGGAUGGGCGGGUUGCAUGGUUAGCGGAGCCUGGUGUUACGGAGCGAUUCCUUCGCGAUUUCUUCUUUGUUCAUGUUUACGAUUCUUGACGUUAUAUCCCUUUUGUGGUUUUUUAUCAUGGCGCAUGCGGAAUAGGUAGGGGCCCUUUGGAUGGUUUGGUGUUGACAGCGACAACGGAAAAUAUAAAAUGGAGGCUGUUUGUUUUUGAGAUAU